CUUCGCCGACCCGCGCGCGCUGCCCGUGCGGGGACCGCGGCCGCUUCCCCGGGAGCCGGCUCCGGGCCGUCCAGCUCCUUUGUUAUUCCCCGUGUGCCCUCUCUGGGGGGUGGGGGGCAUGUGUGCGAGUUGUCUUACUGACGGUCAGAAAUUUCUUUUCCACUGUGUGGGCAGGAGGCAGGUUUUUUUCCCUUUUAACUGUCUUCCUUCUGUUUUAUUUAUUUUCCGCUUCCCCCCUGACCUCCUACUGCCUUCCUUCCCCCUUCCUUCUUUGGGUUGCUCCUUCGUUCCCCUUCAGUCUCCCCAUCUUUCCUCCCCUCUCGCUCCGUUCCCCUCCCCCCCCCCCACCCUUUUGCUCUUUUGCAAUAAUUCAGGAAUGUCUCGGGAAUCCUAGCACGCCCUCUCCAUUCAGCCGAGCGCGGGACCCUGCGUGAAUUCCAGAGCAAUGUUCUGGGAUGGUGCCGGAGAUGCGUGGACCGAGCCCAGGCCACAGGCUGCCCGAGCCCGCCCCCUGCCCCGCUGCAGGCGGGAGCCCUGAGCCCUGGGCCGCGGGUCGUCGCCGUCACGUCCUGGCCCUGCCCGUGGAGGAGGCAUGGCGGCCCCAGCAGUGCGCCCUGCUGGAGGCCGACGCCUCGGACGAGGUGGGCAUGCUGCCGGCCUCCCCGCGCGCCGCCGCCGCGGGCUUCGACAACUUCUUCCCGGUGCAGGAGGGCGAGGGCCCGGGUUGGGAGGGCGGGGCGGCCCUGGAGGCCGGCUCCAGCCCCUUCCUCCCGGUGAGCCCGGAGGUGAUGAAACGGCGGCGCGGGGGCCUCAUCGAGCAGCGCGACAUCAUCAAGGCCCACGAGGCCCACAAGAUGCAGAGCACGCCGCAGGCCCGGCGCAAGGAGUGGGAGAUGGCUCGCUUCGGGGAGGCGGUGGUCGGCAGGCCGGGGUCGGGCGAUGGAGACUCGGACCAGAGCAGGAACCGGCAAGGAACCCCGGUGCCGGCCUCGGGGCCGGCGGCCGCCUACAAGCAGUCGAAAGCGCAGAGGGCGCGGACUAUGGCUUUGUACAACCCCAUUCCUGUCCGGCAGAACUGUUUCACCGUCAACAGAUCCCUCUUCAUCUUCGGAGAAGAUAACAUUGUCAGGAAAUACGCCAAGAAGCUCAUCGAUUGGCCGCCGUUUGAGUACAUGAUUUUGGCCACCAUCAUUGCCAACUGCAUUGUCUUGGCCCUGGAACAGCAUCUUCCUGAGGAUGACAAGACCCCAAUGUCCCGCAGACUGGAGAAGACGGAACCGUAUUUCAUUGGGAUCUUUUGCUUUGAAGCUGGUAUCAAAAUUGUGGCCCUGGGGUUCAUCUUCCAUAAGGGCUCGUACCUCCGCAAUGGCUGGAAUGUCAUGGACUUCAUCGUGGUCCUCAGUGGCAUCCUGGCCACGGCAGGAACCCACUUCAACACACAUGUGGACCUGAGGACCCUCCGGGCUGUGCGUGUCCUGAGGCCCCUGAAGCUCGUGUCGGGGAUACCUAGCCUGCAGAUUGUGCUGAAGUCCAUCAUGAAGGCCAUGGUGCCUCUUCUGCAAAUUGGUCUUCUGCUCUUCUUUGCCAUCCUAAUGUUUGCUAUCAUUGGCUUGGAGUUCUACAGUGGGAAGCUGCACCGCGCGUGUUUCACAAACAAUUCAGGUAUUCUGGAAGGAUUCGACCCCCCUCACCCGUGUGGUGUGCAGGGCUGCCCCGCUGGUUACGAAUGCCGGGACUGGAUUGGCCCCAACGAUGGGAUCACCCAGUUUGAUAACAUCCUUUUUGCUGUGCUGACCGUCUUCCAGUGCAUCACCAUGGAAGGGUGGACCACCGUGCUGUACAAUACCAAUGAUGCCUUAGGAGCCACCUGGAACUGGCUGUACUUCAUCCCCCUCAUCAUCAUUGGAUCCUUCUUUGUUCUCAACCUAGUUCUGGGAGUGCUCUCCGGGGAAUUUGCCAAAGAGAGAGAGAGAGUGGAGAACCGGAGAGCGUUCAUGAAACUGCGGCGGCAACAGCAGAUCGAGCGUGAGCUGAAUGGGUACCGUGCCUGGAUAGACAAAGCAGAGGAAGUCAUGCUUGCCGAAGAAAAUAAAAAUGCUGGGACGUCAGCCUUAGAAGUGCUUCGAAGGGCAACCAUCAAAAGGAGCCGGACGGAGGCCAUGACUCGAGACUCCAGCGAUGAGCACUGCGUGGAUAUCUCCUCUGUGGGCACCCCUCUCGCCCGAGCCAGCAUCAAAAGUACAAAGGUGGAUGGGGCCUCCUAUUUCCGGCACAAAGAAAGGCUUCUGCGCAUCUCUAUCCGCCACAUGGUUAAAUCCCAGGUGUUCUACUGGAUCGUGCUGAGCCUUGUGGCUCUCAACACCGCCUGUGUGGCCAUCGUCCAUCACAACCAGCCCCAGUGGCUCACGCAUCUUCUCUACUAUGCAGAGUUUUUGUUUCUGGGACUGUUCCUCUUGGAGAUGUCCCUGAAGAUGUAUGGCAUGGGGCCUCGACUUUAUUUUCACUCUUCAUUCAACUGCUUUGAUUUUGGGGUCACAGUGGGGAGUAUCUUUGAAGUGGUCUGGGCAAUCUUCAGACCUGGUACAUCUUUUGGAAUCAGUGUCUUGCGAGCUCUCCGGCUUCUAAGAAUAUUUAAAAUAACCAAGUAUUGGGCAUCUCUGCGAAAUCUGGUGGUCUCCUUGAUGAGUUCUAUGAAGUCUAUCAUCAGUUUGCUCUUCCUCCUCUUCCUCUUCAUCGUUGUCUUUGCUCUCCUAGGAAUGCAGCUAUUUGGAGGCAGGUUUAACUUUAAUGAUGGGACUCCUUCGGCAAACUUUGACACCUUCCCUGCAGCCAUCAUGACCGUAUUUCAGAUCCUAACAGGGGAGGACUGGAAUGAGGUGAUGUACAAUGGGAUCCGCUCCCAGGGUGGGGUCAGCUCAGGCAUGUGGUCAGCUAUCUAUUUCAUUGUGCUCACCUUGUUUGGAAACUACACACUGCUGAAUGUGUUCUUGGCCAUUGCUGUGGACAAUCUGGCCAAUGCCCAAGAGCUGACCAAGGAUGAGCAAGAAGAAGAGGAGGCUUUCAACCAGAAACAUGCAUUGCAGAAGGCCAAGGAGGUCAGCCCGAUGUCUGCACCCAACAUGCCUUCUAUCGAAAGAGACAGAAGGCGAAGACACCACAUGUCGAUGUGGGAGCCACGCAGCAGCCACCUGAGGGAGCGGAGGCGCCGGCACCACAUGUCGGUGUGGGAGCAGCGCACCAGCCAGCUGCGAAGGCACAUGCAGAUGUCCAGCCAGGAGGCCCUCAAUAAAGAGGAGGCCCCACCAAUGAACCCCCUCAACCCGCUGAGCCCCCUCAACCCACUCAAUGCCCACCCCAGCCUCUACCGGAGACCCAGGCCCAUCGAGGGUCUGGGCCUGGGCCUGGAGAAGUGUGAGGAGGAGCGCAUCAGCCGCGGGGGGUCCCUCAAGGGGGAUGGAGGGGACCUGUCGAGUGCCCUGGACAACCAGAGGAGCCCCCUGUCCCUGGGCAAACGGGAGCCACCAUGGCUGGCCCGGCCCUGUCAUGGCCACUGUGACCCGACCCAGCAGGAGGCUGGGGGAGGGGAGACCAUGGUGACCUUCGAGGACCGCGCCAGGCACAGGCAGAGCCAGAGGCGCAGCCGGCACCGUCGCGUCAGGACAGAAGGCAAGGAGCUCUCCUCCACCUCUCGGAGCCGGUCGGCCAGCCAGGAGCGGAGUCUGGAUGAAGGGGUGCCCACUGACGGGGAGAAGGACUGCGAGUCCAGGGGCAGCCACACGGGCAAGGAACCCACAAUCCAGGAAGAGGAGAGAAGCCAAGACUUGAGGAGGACCAACAGUCUCAUGGUGCCCAGAGGCUCCGGGCUGGCAGGAGCCCUCGAUGAGGACAACAUGCCUCUGGUCCAGCCCCAGCCAGAGCUGGAAAUGGGGAAGGACACGGUGCUGACAGAACAGGAGGCGGAGGGCAGCAGCGAGCAAGCCCUGCUGGGCGACGUGCAGCUGGAUAUAGGCCGGGCCAUCAGCCAGAGUGAGCCUGACCUCUCCUGCACCACGGCCAACACAGACAAGGCCAACACCGACAGCACCAGCGUCACCGUCGCCAUCCCAGACGUGGGCCCCUUGGUGGACUCAACUGUGGUUCACAUUAGCAAUAAGACUGAUGGAGAAGCCAGUCCCUUGAAGGAGGCAGAAAUCAAAGAGGAGGAAGAGGAGAUGGAAAAGAAGCAGCAGAAGAAGGAGAAGCGUGAGACAGGCAAAGCCAUGGUGCCCCACAGCUCCAUGUUCAUCUUCAGCACUACCAACCCGAUCCGCAGGGCCUGCCACUACAUCGUGAGUCUGCGCUACUUUGAGAUGUGCAUUCUCCUGGUGAUCGCAGCCAGCAGCAUCGCCCUGGCAGCCGAGGACCCCGUCCUGACCAACUCUGAGCGCAACAAAGUCCUGAGGUAUUUUGACUAUGUUUUCACUGGCGUGUUCACCUUUGAAAUGGUCAUAAAGAUGAUAGACCAAGGCUUGAUCCUGCAGGACGGGUCCUACUUCCGCGAUUUGUGGAACAUCCUGGACUUCGUGGUGGUGGUUGGCGCAUUGGUGGCCUUUGCUUUGGCGAACGCUCUGGGAACAAACAAGGGGCGAGACAUCAAGACCAUCAAAUCUCUGAGGGUCCUCCGAGUUCUGAGGCCAUUGAAGACCAUCAAGCGCUUGCCCAAGCUCAAGGCUGUCUUUGACUGUGUGGUAACCUCCUUAAAGAACGUCUUUAACAUCCUCAUUGUCUACAAGCUCUUCAUGUUCAUCUUUGCUGUCAUUGCGGUUCAGCUCUUCAAGGGAAAAUUCUUUUAUUGCACAGACAGUUCCAAAGACACAGAGAAGGAGUGCAUAGGCAACUAUGUAGAUCAUGAAAAAAACAAGAUGGAGGUGAAAGGCCGGGAAUGGAAACGCCAUGAAUUCCACUAUGACAACAUUAUCUGGGCCCUGCUGACCCUCUUCACCGUCUCCACAGGAGAAGGAUGGCCUCAAGUCCUACAGCAUUCUGUUGACGUGACAGAGGAAGACCGAGGACCAAGCCGCAGCAACCGCAUGGAGAUGUCCAUCUUUUACGUGGUCUACUUCGUGGUCUUCCCUUUCUUCUUUGUCAACAUCUUUGUGGCUCUCAUCAUCAUCACCUUCCAGGAGCAAGGGGACAAGAUGAUGGAGGAGUGCAGCCUGGAGAAGAACGAGAGGGCGUGCAUCGACUUUGCCAUCAGCGCCAAACCUCUCACCCGCUACAUGCCGCAGAACAGGCAUACAUUCCAGUACCGCGUCUGGCACUUCGUGGUGUCCCCAUCCUUUGAGUACACCAUCAUGGCCAUGAUCGCCCUGAACACCGUCGUGCUGAUGAUGAAGUACUACUCUGCUCCCUGUACCUAUGAACUGGCUCUGAAGUACCUGAAUAUUGCCUUCACCAUGGUGUUCUCCCUGGAGUGUGUCCUAAAAGUCAUCGCGUUCGGCUUCUUGAACUAUUUCCGAGACACCUGGAAUAUCUUUGACUUCAUCACUGUGAUUGGCAGUAUCACAGAAAUCAUUCUGACAGACAGCAAGCUGGUGAACACCAGUGGCUUCAACAUGAGCUUUCUGAAGCUCUUCCGAGCUGCCCGCCUCAUCAAGCUUCUCCGGCAGGGUUACACCAUCCGUAUUUUACUCUGGACCUUCGUGCAGUCCUUUAAGGCCCUCCCCUACGUCUGCCUUUUGAUUGCCAUGCUUUUCUUCAUCUAUGCCAUCAUUGGGAUGCAGGUGUUUGGAAACAUAAAAUUAGAUGAGGAGAGUCACAUCAACCGACACAACAACUUCCGGAGUUUCUUCGGGUCCCUCAUGUUACUCUUCAGGAGUGCCACAGGCGAGGCCUGGCAGGAGAUAAUGCUGUCGUGCCUCGGGGAGAAAGGCUGCGAGCCAGACACCACUGCGCCUUCCGGGCAGAAUGAGAAUGAGCGCUGUGGCACAGAUCUGGCCUACGUUUACUUUGUCUCCUUCAUCUUCUUCUGCUCCUUCUUGAUGCUCAACCUGUUCGUGGCUGUCAUCAUGGACAACUUUGAGUACCUGACUCGGGACUCCUCCAUCUUAGGGCCUCACCACUUGGACGAAUUUGUCCGCGUCUGGGCAGAAUAUGACAGAGCUGCAUGCGGCAGGAUCCCGUAUAAGGAUAUGUACAAAUUAGUGCGGGUGAUCUCGCCGCCUCUGGGCCUGGGAGAGAACUGCCCCUACAGGGUGGCUUGCAAGAGAUUGGUCCUGAUGAAUAUGCCAGUGGCUGAGGACAUGACGGUCCACUUCACCUCCACACUGAUGGCUCUGAUCCGGACAGCUCUGGACAUUAAGAUCGCCAAAGGUGGUGCAGACAGACAGCAGCUAGACUCGGAGCUGCAAAAGGAGACCCUGGCCAUCUGGCCCCACCUGUCCCAGAAGAUGCUAGAUCUGCUUGUGCCCAUGCCCAAAGCCUCAGACCUGACUGUGGGCAAAAUCUAUGCCGCGAUGAUGAUCAUGGACUACUACAAGCAGAGUAAGGUGAAGAAGCAGAGGCAGCAGCUGGAAGAGCAGAAAAAUGCACCCAUGUUCCAGCGCAUGGAGCCCUCAUCUCUGCCUCAAGAGAUCAUUGCUAAUGCCAAAGCCCUGCCCUAUCUCCAGGAAGACCCUGUUUCAGGCCUGAGUGGCCGUAGUGGAUACCCUUCGAUGAGUCCGCUCUCCCCCCAGGAAAUAUUCCAGUUGGCUUGUAUGGACCCGGCCGAUGAUGGACAGUUCCAGGAACAGCAGUCUCUGGAGCCAGAGGUUAGUGAAUUAAAAAGCGUGCAGUCCUCUAACCAUGGCAUCUACCUUCCUUCGGACACCCAGGAGCAUACGGGAUCUGGGAGGGCAUCCUCUAUGCCACGCCUGACUGUGGAUCCCCAGGUGGUGACAGAUCCCAGCUCCAUGAGACGUUCAUUUUCUACGAUUCGGGAUAAGCGUUCAAAUUCCUCAUGGCUGGAGGAAUUCUCCAUGGAGAGAAGCAGUGAAAACACCUACAAGUCGCGUCGUCGGAGUUACCACUCCUCGCUGAGGCUGUCAGCUCAUCGCCUGAAUUCUGACUCAGGCCACAAGUCUGACACCCACCGCUCAGGGGGCAGAGAGCGGGGACGGUCGAAAGAGCGAAAGCAUCUUCUCUCUCCCGAUGUCUCCCGCUGCAACUCAGAGGAACGAGGGACCCAGGCCGACUGGGAGUCCCCAGAGCGCCAGCAGUCCAGGUCUCCCAGUGAGGGCAGGUCACAGACCCCCAACAGACCGGGCACAGGUUCCCUGAGUGAAAGCUCCAUCCCCUCCAUCUCUGACACCAGCACCCCAAGAAGAAGUCGCCGGCAGCUCCCACCGGUCCCCCCCAAGCCUCGGCCCCUCCUCUCCUACAGCUCCCUUCUGCACCACACCGGGAGCAUCUCUCCGCCAGCGGACGGGAGCGAGGGCGGCUCCCCGCUGGCCUCGCAGGCGCUGGAGAGCACGGAGGCCAGCCUGGUGGAGUCUUCCAGCUGCCGGCACACCCCGCAGGGCCAGCACCCCUCCCCACAGCGCUACAUCUCCGAGCCCUACCUGGCCCUGCACGAAGACUCCCACGCCUCGGACUGCGGCGAGGAGGAGACGCUCACCUUCGAAGCCGCCGUGGCCACCAGCCUGGGCCGCUCCAACACCAUCGGCUCUGCACCACCACUGCGGCACAGCUGGCAGAUGCCCAAUGGGCAUUAUCGGCGGCGGCGGCGUGGGGGGCCCGGGCCGGGCGUCAUGUGUGGGGCUGUCAGCGACCUCCUGAGUGAUACGGAAGAAGACGACAAGUGCUAGAGGCUGCUCCCCCCUCCGAUGCAUGCUCUUCUCUCACCCGGAGAAAACCAAGACCGAGUUGGGAAGCCAGUGCUGCCCGGGGGGGAGGAAGAGGGAGGAGGAAGAUAGAAGGACACCAUGCAUCAUCAGCCAAGAAGAACAGAAGGGACAGAAGGAAAACCCAUGGGACCCGCCAAAUUGCUUUACUUCCCUGUGCAAGAUGGGCCCUGCCCGAAGUUCUGCCUCACUGCUGGGGAAAGGAAAUUCGAGAAUGUGCUGGGGGGGGGGGGUCUUCCCGUAGCAGGAGGGACAAGAGGAUGGCUUUGCUUCCCCUUGCCCCUUCCCACUUUGCUGUCAGCCUUGGAGGGAUGGAGCCGGCCCGUGUCUACACCCAUUGCCCUGAAAAGCCUGGAAAACUUCUGGCUCUUCGCUGGGGAGUCAUGGAGACCCCAGGAGUGGGAUCCUCUCCCUCAGCAGCUCCCGCUGCUUGGCCAGCACCACUGCCAUGGGGGGCAGCCACACUAGCAUCUCACGCACUCCCCCCUCCGGCUCGCUUCUGCCAGAGCAGCACAGGCUAAGUUCUGGAGCAGUGGACGCCAAGUGUAGAGGCUGGGAGGGAAAAGCUGAUGUGGAAGAAGGGGUCAGGGUGCUGUGGCAGCAGCAGCAAGGGCUGGUCUGGGUGAGCAAGGCAUAGUCCAGCAGCCCAGACCCCAGGAUCAAGGCUCAAAGAGAUGGAGGGAUAAGGGCUGCUGGGAGGGACAGCGCUGUCUCUGAGGUCUGUAGGCUACUCAGUAGGUGCGGUGUUAGGACAGGCCAGGGAGGUCCCUCGGGCUUCGCUGUGGUGCCCAAGGCUCCAGGAAGGGGAUAUUUUAAAAGCAUUUAACAACGCCUGUGGCCAGAGUACCUGCCGGUGUGAGUGGAAGUCCAAGCUUUCUGCUGGAGCCCCGUGCUCUGCCACGCCUUAGCCCUGCCAGUGCUGGUCACAAGGGAUCCCUGAGGGUGGGGGAAGUGCAGUGGGAGCACUUAAGCAAGGCAGAUCCUGUUUUCCAACCAGCAGAGAAGGAUGUGGAACAGUCCUCUAGCUGUAUCAGCACAUCAGGCCGAGUAUCGACCUAGACACUGGUCCAGGAGGCAGCGGGCCUUUCUGCCAGGCAGCAAGGCCCCGAGCCAGAGGUCCAGCCUUCCCUGCCCCCCCAAAAAGGCAGCACACAUGCACCCAAGGUGGGCCUUACAUCACCUAGUAGAGACUUCUAGAGAGGAAAGGCGGGCACACUGAAAUGUGAAACUUCCAUGAGAAAGUCUGAAUGUACGGAGGACCUCCUGACAGCAGGGACCCCUCCGCAGCUAGUUUAGUGAAGGUCAGUUCGUCCUGAGACUUUGAAGGUGAUUAGUAAAUAUACCUCAGCUGAGACCUGGGCUGCUCCUCCCAGCAACAUAGACUCUGAUGGGGCCUCAUCACCCAAUGUCCUGAGCCCGGGGUCCCCGGGGCGCUGAGUAUUUCCAGAGGCCCGGACUAGGCUUUUCCUCUUCCCAGAGUAAGAGCUGGGCAGAAGACAGCCUGAGGCCACUGUGUCAUUCUUCACCCCCCAAACUCAGAAGCACGGAGAAAGAGCCUUUCUUGGCUAAUCCGUCCUCGUCUUGUAUAGAUUGUCCAUUUGGGGAGGCACGCCACUCCCUCUAUCUGGUGGAAAGGUACCAACCCCUCACCUUCGUCCCUGGGUCUCCUCCAAGUGGCUGGAAGGACCCACUGGAGAAAGGUGCCAGG